AAAACCAGCCUGUUAUAGAGCUGUGAGUGAACCCCAAACCAAACCAAACACUUUCAUUUCCUUCUCUUCUCUUAAAACUCACAAACCUCAAACCUUUCUUCUUCAUAUUUUCUCUUUCUCUUUCUUUCUUCUCUUUUCCAAGAAAAGAAAAGAAAAGAGAGCAUUUUCUCUACCAUGAGUUCUAUAGUGGAAACGUUUCAAAAGCGAAGUAGUAAUUUCCUUCCGGUCUCACAAUCUACAGACCCAAAAGAGCAAGGUCAGAUCCGACGAAGACUAUCAUCUCUUUCACUCAACAUUAAGCCCUCAAUUUCAUCAUCUGAAGCUGCUUCAUGGGCUAUGCGUAGAACCAAGUCAGUCUCCUCCAUGGGUGAAUAUGCAGGUAGCUCCAUUAAGAAAUGGUGGGAUUGGGCCUGGGCCUGGGCCUUAUCAAGAAAGCCCACUUUCGCUAGCGAUCUGGAAAUGAACGAGGAAGAGACUAAGCUACUUGGGUCUCAUAACAGAGGAAGCUUAAGACAUGUCUUUUAUAAAGUUAGGUCUGAGAUAAGAAAGCUUUUGGGAUCAGAACGAGUGGGUUUGCCUCAAACUUGUAAGUACGAUUCAUUCAAUUACAAAAAGAAUUUCGAUCAAGGGAACAGAACCCACUUGUAGUUUCAUCAAAUGGAGAAUACCCAGAUCCUGAAUUUUAAUGAAAAAGACAAGAAAUUGUAAUAAUGUUUUGAUGAGAUUCAAAUCAAAGAUUGAUUUUUUAUUUUUAUUUUAUUUUAUUAUUGUUAUUGUUAUUUGUUAAUGUAACUAGCUAGAUUGUUUUUAUAUGUUAUGUGAGAUUGUUUUGAUAAUUACUACACAAGAUCUAUUGUUCCCUUACUCUUUUGGAAAAAAGUGAAAAUUUCAAGCCAUGGAAAA